CCAAGCCCCUGUCAGAGAGUUACAGUUGUUCAUUGCUAAACAAGAUACUGCACAACAACAUCAUAGAGUCUAUCAUCCCUUCAGCAGUCAUGAAGGUUGCAUCUUUCAACAUCCAGAAAUUUGGGAAGCGUAAGCUGUCAAACCCAAACACCCUUGCUACCCUUGUGAAGAUUGUGUCUCGCUAUGACAUCAUACUGAUUCUGGAGGUGGUGGAUGAGAGAGGCACUUCAGUGAAAAAGUUCCUGGAGGAAUUAAAUAAGGCCAAUAAGAAGCAACACUACACUCUGCAAAUCAGCACUCGUCUGGGAAGAGACAAAUACAAGGAGCAGUUUAUGUUUCUGUACAGGGAUGAUUUGGUGGACUUGGUUGGUUCCUGGCAAUAUGAGGACAACCAGGUUGGAGAUGUGGACGCCUUCGCCAGGGAGCCUUACAUUCUCCGCUUCAAAUGUCUCAACACUGUGCUGGAGGACUUGGUACUGAUCCCAGUGCACACCAAGCCUGACGAUUCAGUGAAGGAGCUGGAUGAGCUUUAUGAUGUCUUCCUGGAAGUGAAAAAGAAAUGGAAGACUGAUAACGUUAUGAUCCUAGGUGACUUCAAUGCAGACGGUUCCUACCUUUCUAAAAAGGGCAUGAAAGCCAUCCGUAUCCGCAGUGACAAAAAGUUCCACUGGCUGAUUGAAGAUGAUGUGGAUACCACAGCAAACACAGGCAACGAUAACACUUAUGACAGGAUUGUGAUCUAUGGGGAUGACAUGCUUGAUGCCGUCGUGCCAAACUCUGCCAAACCAUUCAACUUCCAGAUUGCAUACGGGCUUUCUGAAGAAGAUGCCCUGAAGGUGAGCGACCAUUACCCUGUGGAGGUAGAGCUGAAAAGGAAAACACCAACAGAACAGAGUAAGCAGCAUCAUUGCCUGUACAUGGACAGGAGGACGGAGGAAGUGAGUGAAGAGGUGAUGGAGAUGGAGAAGAACCUUAUCCAACCAGAGAAGCUGAAUUUAGAGAUACUGGUGCUGAAGAUUCAGAUGGUCAAGCUUAGGAACACUUACGUUGAUCUGUGAUUAAAUCUUACCACAAUACUAGUCAUAUUAAUACUGUAUAUCAUGUUUGUAUGUCUAGUAUAGCUACUGAUCUAAUACUGAUGUGUAUCUUGACAGAAUCUCAAAUAAAGAUGGAGUGAAAAUC